AUGUUGAGUCGAUUGAGCCCGAAAAACUAUGCUGUAGUUGGAUGCCGUUUUGGCAGUACAAUUGCUUCGUCGGAACCUACGGGCCCAGAAAUGCAUACGGCGGUGCCUGGACCGAAAUCGAAAGCAUUGACUGAUCGAAUGUCUCCACUUCAUAACACUGCCUCAAUCCGUUGCUUUGUUGAUUUCGAGAAGAGUUUCGGUAAUUAUAUGAUUUCUUCGCUGCCCCUCGGUUACAAUCAUCCCGAUCUGGUGAAAGCUGCCGCGAGUCCAAAGUUCUUGACUUCUCUUGUCUCUCGACCUGCUUUGGGAUCAUUCCCGAGAACCGAUUUUUCUGAAGGUCUUCAAGAGGCUUUAACCGAUGUGGCACCAAAGGGACUAAAGCAAGUGCAAACGAUGCUUUGCGGGACAUCGGCAAAUGAGAAUGCCAUCAAGCAGGCUUUCAUUUGGCAUAUGAGACAAAAAAGAGGAGAUAAGCCGCCAGAUCAAUUGGCGCUUGACUCUUGCAUGAAACAACAGCAGCCAGGCACUCCACAUCUCUCCGUUCUCGGCUUUGACGGUGCUUUCCACGGGCGUUCUCUUUGCAAUCUCUCCGUCACUCGAAGCAAGGCGAUUCCAAAGGUGGACAUCCCAGCAUUCGAUUGGCCGAUCGCGAAAUUCCCACGCUACAAAUAUCCAUUAGAGAAGUACAAGUCGUACAACGAUCAACAGGACAAAGAUUGUUUGGCUGAUGUUGAGGCGAAAAUUCUCGAAUGGAAUGCUAAAAAGCACGAUGUAGCAGCGUUGAUUGUUGAGCCGAUUCAAGCUGAAGGAGGAGACUUCUAUGGAAGUCCGGCUUUCUUUCAAGGACUUCGUGAUAUCACAAAGAAGCAUAAUAUUGUGUUCAUUGUUGAUGAAGUUCAAACUGGUGGUGGAGCGACGGGAACAGGUGAUAUGUGGGCUCAUUCUCAUUGGAAUCUCUCAACCCCUCCUGAUAUGGUAACAUUCUCAAAGAAAAUGCUCACUGGUGGAUAUUUCUAUGCUGAUCAUUUGAGAAUCAAUGAGAGUUAUCGAAUCUACAACACAUGGGUGGGUGAUCCGACGAAACUCUUCCUUCUUCAAGAAGUUGUCAAAGUGAUUAAGAGAGAUGGACUCUUGCAGAAGAAUAUUGAAGUUGGGAAAGAAUUCCAGAAACAACUCCAUCAAUUGCAGAAUUCUCAUCCAAACAAGCUGUCAAAUGCACGUGGCUUGGCCACCUUUGCCGCCAUUGAUUUCGCCACCGCCGAGAUGAGAGACAAAUUGUUGACGGAUGCGACUAACAACGGUCUUCAUUGUGGAGGUUGUGGCCCGCAAUCGCUUCGUUUCCGUCCAUCGCUCGUUUAUGAGAAGAAACAUAUCGAUUUAACAUUCGAGAUUCUUGAUAAAACAAUCAAGAAUCUC